AUGGCUUUCAGUCCAAUCGGACUGCAAAGACUUCCUGUCGAGCUGCUUUACGAGGUUGAACUUUAUGCGCUGUCGGAAAAUCUCCCUCUCGUUUCCAGCCACUUUUACGAUGUGUACAAGAAUGCACCGUUGUUCUUUCAUGCCCAAUAUAUUCUUGGCCGCGUUAUUACCAGUGCCGAUCUUGACCUGUCCGAGGUCUACACCCGAGCACUUCACUAUCCUCUCUGCCAUCUUCGGGUCCUCGAGAUGAUCCACAGCUUGCUUCAUGAUCGCCGCCCCUCAAAAUCACGCAUGCAACUACCACGCCGGCUAUUUCGCUCGUUGAUUCGACCACAAAAUGGAUGGACAAACCACGAUGAACCCAUCCCUCUCCUCCAGUACCUUUAUCAUACUCCAAAUAUACCUCCGAUCGACACCAACGCCAACGAUGGAUAUGCUCUAACAAGGGCUGUACACGCCAAGUUUCUGCCUCUCGUUCAGUUUCUUCUCGACCACCAGGCUUCACCUAACUGUCGUGAAGGCCUUGCCUUGAAGGUCGCUAUUCGACAUAAGAGUCUCGAUAUGUUCAAGAUGCUUGUUGAACGGCAGCCAGGUUCCAAGCGCAGAGGCAAGAAACAGAAGAUGGAGGAUAGGGUUCUUCUGGACUCAAAUGUUCUCAAGGUUGCUGUCAUGUCGGAUGCCCGAGAUGUCGUCGAGUAUCUCUAUCGAGAGAAGGGUGUGGUACCCGAUGUACAAACCCUGAAGAGAAUAAUAUCCUUGUAA